CACCGUAGAUGCUCUCACACAAGUAGCAUAUGUAGAGCAACAAUGGCUAGAUGGUUACGAUGAAAUCAUAAGACAUGCAAUCAAAAGAAAAACAGUGUUUGACAAGAAAGUAUUGCAGCACACCCCAGGUGAAGCCAUAUUCAAAAUUGGUCAAUUAGUACAAGUCUACUGUAACAAUUUAGAUUAUACCUUCAAAACAGAAUGGAAGCUGAUUCCAAGAUGGUUGGUCCCAAGAAGAAUACAAGCACACACAGUAAACUCAUACACACUGGAAACAUUGAACAGGGCAAUCAUCCAAGGAGAUUUCAGCGCAAGGCGCUUACGAGCAUUCACACCACAAUCAGGAACAAUGCUAGCAGAAGAACAAGAGAAAUACAAGAGCAAAAUCAGAGAGAAAGAAAGCAAUGAAGGGAAAGAGACAGAGAAAGACAAUAGAGAAGAAAAUGACGAUGGAAGAGAAGAAGAAGACGAGGAUGAAGAACCAAUAGAAGAAUCAGAAUCAGAAUCAGAAGACGAAGAAGCAGAGACAGAAGAAGAUAGAAGAUCAGAGAAUGGAAGAUAGAAGGCGGUGUCGAGGGCGGCACCGAUUGUUUUUAGGGGGGUGCAUGGACUAGGGAUCCCAAAGCAUGAACCAGAGACCUAGCUCUGCGGAGAUCUCCAGAGCUUAGUCAGACAUGUAGACAACCAAGUCGGUU